GUUAUCGCGACCAAUUUUUGAUGGAGCGGCACUUCCCAAGACCGCUCGACACCAACAAUGCCCCCGAGAUUACCCUUUGCGCAGGCGGCGCGAUGCUGCGCUGCAGCGAUUGAGGCGCCCUCGAGGCCGACAACCCUAGUCUCCUUGUUUGCGGCACUGUCGGUGCAGACACGGAGCGCCUCGAUCCUUGCGAACCUUUCCGACAACAAGGGCGCCUACCACAAGCGCAUCCGGAGAGGUCGCGGUCCCUCGUCCGGCUACGGCAAGACGGCUGGUCGCGGUCACAAGGGCCAGAAGCAGCAUGGCAAGGUCAAGCCGUGGUUCCAGGGUGGUCAGACACCGCUGAUCGUCAGCCAUGGCCGGGUGGGAUUCGUAAACCACCGCGCGCCCGAGAUGAUCGAGCUCAACCUCGACCGCCUCCAAGCGUGGAUUGACGCCGGCCGGAUCGACCCGACGAAGCAGAUCACUCCGCGCGAGAUCAUCAGGUCGGGCGUGGUUGGCAACACCAUCAAGGACGGAAUCAAGCUUCUCGCUCGCGGCGGGGACAAGCUGAAGACGCCAAUUGACAUCAUCGUCUCCCGUGCAUCGGCCGCCGCCAUCGAGGCCAUCGAGGCCGCCGGCGGCAAGAUCACGACGAGGUAUUACACGAAGGAGGCCAUCAGGCGGCUGGUCAAGGGCGAGAGUAUCAACACCGACAAGCCCCUUCCCGUGGGGCCGGAACAUGUGGAGAGCGUGCUGGCGCAGGCGAGGGCCGCGCCGAAACACUAUUACCGCCUGCCGGAUCCGACGAGUCGAGAGGACAUCGAGUACUACAGAGACCCUGCGCACAGGGGCUACCUGAGCCACACGCUGAAGCCCGGCGAGUCGCCAAGUCUGUACUUCAAGGUGCCCGGCACGACGGCUGUGUACAGCAAGCCGAAGAACAAGGAGAAGGCCGAGGAGCAGGCCGCAAGGUUGUUCUAAGACCUGGUGGGCUUGUUACCGCGGGAUACAUGUAUUCUACAAUGCACAUACUGUUCUGUACAAAUACCACGACCACGGCACCGGUCCAGAAAGGUCUUUUACGUCGGUGAUGAAUGAAAUUUCGGCGCUUUCACUCCGUAUCAUCCAUCAUGGUGUAAUGCCAUGGACGGUGGUCGGGCAACCCUUAUCAAACCACCGACGCAGGAGGCUGGGGACCCCGGUCGCUUACAGCGGAGCUCUUGUUCUCUCGUCUCCUUCCAGCCUCCGUCCCGCGGCUGGCAUAACUGACGA